CAACUGAGGCCGCAAUGCCUGCGAGAGGCUCGGCCAGCGAGACAGAGACGAGGGGAAGCGGCGGACCGGCGCUGCUGGCGAGGAGGCCGGGCUCCCGGGGGGUUUCCCGGAGGUGGAGCCUGGCCGCGGAAGUGAAGCGGGAGCCGGAAGCGCCUGGGCCGGGCCUGGGAGGAGGUGUCUGGGGCGGCUGCUCCGGAGCCGGAGUCUCCAAGGGAGUCCUCUCGGCGGGCGUUUGCCGGGCCCCGCGUAGCCGCCCGCCGCCAUCAUGCACGACGCCUUCGAGCCGGUGCCGAUUCUGGAGAAGCUGCCUCUGCAGAUUGACUGCUUGGCCGCGUGGGAGGAAUGGCUCCUCGUUGGGACAAAACAAGGCCACCUCCUUCUUUACAGAAUUCGAAAGGAAACUGAUCCAUGUUGUGUCCCAGUUCAAAAUUUUGGUCAGUUUAUUAGAAAACAACAUUUACGUUCAUGACCUGUUGACAUUUCAACAGAUCACAACAGUUUCCAAGGCAAAGGGUGCAACUCUCUUCACCUGUGACCUGAAGCACUCUGACACAGGUGAAGAGGUCUUGAGGAUGUGUGUGGCAGUGAAAAAGAAGCUCCAGCUGUAUUACUGGAAGGACAGAGAGUUCUACGAGCUGCAGGGAGACUUCAGCGUGCCAGAUGUACCCAAGUCAAUGGCGUGGUGUGAAGAUUCAAUCUGUGUGGGUUUCAAGAGGGACUAUUAUCUAAUAAGGGUGGAUGGUAAAGGUUCCAUCAAAGAACUCUUCCCCACAGGAAAGCAGCUUGAGCCACUGGUGGCCCCUUUGGCAGAUGGGAAAGUUGCUGUAGGCCAGGAUGAUCUUACUGUUGUAUUAAAUGAAGAAGGAACUUGUACACAGAAAUGUGCCUUGAACUGGACAGAUAUCCCAAUAGCCAUGGAACAUCAACCGCCGUACAUUGUUGCAGUACUGCCAAGAUAUGUAGAGAUUCGUACUUUUGAGCCCCGACUCCUCGUGCAGAGUAUUGAGCUCCAGAGACCACGCUUCAUUACUUCCGGAGGUACAAAUAUUGUGUAUGUGGCCAGCAAUCAUUUUGUUUGGCGCCUCAUUCCGGUUUCCAUUGCAACCCAGAUCCAGCAGCUUCUUCAAGAUAAGCAAUUUGAACUGGCUCUGCAAUUGGCAGAUAUGAAGGAUGACUCUGAUACUGAAAAGCGACAGCAAAUCCAUCAUAUUAAGAAUCUGUAUGCCUUCAACCUUUUCUGCCAAAAGCGCUUUGAUGAAUCCAUGCAAGUCUUUGCCAAACUUGGGACAGAUCCUACCCAUGUCAUGGGUCUCUAUCCCGAACUGUUGCCCAGUGAUUACAAGAAACAGCUCCAGUAUCCCAACCCUGUUCCAGUUCUGUCUCCAGCAGAGCUGGAGAAAGCACACUUGGCACUGAUAGACUACCUAACACAGAAAAGAAGUCAGUUAGUGAAAAAGCUGAAUGACUCAGACCAUCAGUCCAGCACUUCUCCCCUCAUGGAGGGGACUCCCACCAUCAAAUCAAAGAAGAAGUUGCUGCAGAUCAUUGAUACCACCCUGUUGAAAUGCUACCUCCAUACCAAUGUGGCCCUAGUGGCACCACUGUUGCGACUGGAGAACAAUCACUGCCACAUAGAGGAAAGUGAGCAUGUGCUCAAGAAAGCUCACAAAUACAGCGAGCUGAUCAUACUGUAUGAGAAGAAAGGUCUGCAUGAGAAAGCUUUGCAGGUGCUAGUGGAUCAGUCAAAGAAAGCUAACUCCCCUUUGAAGGGCCAUGAGAGGACCGUGCAGUAUUUGCAACACUUGGGCACAGACAACUUGAACUUAAUAUUCUCUUAUUCUGUUUGGGUACUUAGAGACUUUCCUGAAGAUGGAUUGAAAAUAUUCACAGAAGAUCUUCCUGAAGUGGAAUCCCUUCCUCGAAACAAAGUCCUCAGUUUCUUGAUAGAGAACUUUAAAAACCUGGCUGUUCCAUACUUGGAACAUAUAAUCCAAACCUGGGAAGAGGCUGGUUCAGAGUUCCACAACUGCCUGAUUCAGCUCUACUGUGAAAAAGUGCAAGGAUUAAUGAAGGAAUAUCUCAGCUCUUUUCCUCCAGAUAAACCACCGGUGGCAGCUGGAGAAGAGGAGGGGGAACUCGGAGAGUAUCGGCAAAAACUUCUUUUCUUCCUUGAGACUUCCAGUUGCUACAAUGCUGAGCAGCUCAUCAGUGACUUCCCCUUUGAUGGCCUCCUAGAAGAACGUGCUCUGCUGCUGGGACGGAUGGGAAAUCAUGAACAAGCUCUCUUCAUAUAUGUUCACAUCCUGAAGGAUACAAAAAUGGCUGAAAAUUACUGUCACAAACACUACGACAAAAGCAAAGAUGGCAGCAAAGAUGUAUACUUGUCUCUUCUCCGGAUGUACCUCUCACCACCUAGCGUUCACUGCUUGGGACCAAUCAAGAUGAAACUAUUGGAGCCUCAAGCCAAUCUCCAGGCUGCAUUGCAGGUUUUGGAACUUCAUCACAGCAAGUUGGACACUACCAAAGCAAUAAACCUCCUCCCAGCAAAUACUCAAAUUAGCGAGAUUCGAAUCUUCCUGGAAAAAGUCCUUGAAGAAAAUGCCCAGAAGAAAAGAUUCAGUCAAGUACAGGAGGAACGGAUUUUACACCAGCAAGUGAAAUGUAUAAUCACAGAAGGAAAAACUUUGCAGUGUGUGUAAAAAGAAGAUUGGAAAUAGUGCCUUCGCCCGCUAUCCUAAUGCAAUAGUCGUGCAUUAUUUCUGUUCCAAAGAAGUGAGUGCAGCAGACACCUGAAAUGAUUGUCAUGUGGACUGCAGAAGCCAUGGCGCUUACCUGGAAGGAGAGCGAAGAGAAUUGGAGGCAUUGGAGAAGUUGGAGGAAUCUUCUGAGGCAUGUUGCUUACGAACAACUCGAGCCCCACGUCGCUUUACCAGAUGACUCGCCAUGUAAUCUGCCAAUGCUGGCAUAGUAGGGGAAACUGACAUUAACUAUUAUUUUAUAUACUUGGCGUCAGGUUAGCCUCAGAGCACUUCAGCAUGAGGAAGAAUGAAAGCUAAAUAGCAACGAGAUGCCAUCACGCUCCAGUUUUUGUAGCAGUUCUCGUUCCAAGGAAGACCCAAGUCAAAAUGUCAAGUCAAGCAAGGCAAAAAUGCAUUUUGUGUUGGAUUCUGUAUUCUGAUCAUAGUUGGGGAAAAUUAUAUGAUUGUUUCAUCAGCAUUACAUUGAGAUCCACUUUUAUAAGUCAUUUGGAGGCAGGCACUUCCAGAGAGGCUGUACCCAGAUUUCCUUACUGCUAAUAUUGGAUAUAAAUAGGCAUUGGCCAGCGAACCUUAUCCUUUGUAUUUGGAAGUGGUUAUCACCACUGAUAGAAAAGUUCCAAGGGAACUAGUCUAAUAACAAUAUGAUCAGAACUGGAAAAUAUGUAUUAUUAUUUUUUUGAGAAGCAUGUAAAUAUGAAUGAGCAUAAUAUUUGCACUGUGUAUAGUCACUUCGAUUAUGAGUAGAAUGAAAAGUGACAAUGAUUUUUCUGAAGGGAGGGGGAAGUAGCAUCUGCACUUGUACCAAAAAGUUAAAGGAGCAACUUCUUUAAAAAUCAGAUUUCAAAGUGUGUGUGUGUUUUAUAUUGAGCACCUGGUCUACACUUUGGAGUCACUAUUGUGUUGAAGUGGUUAAGUCUUCAUGAAUACUCCAGCUUUUGAGUAAUGCAGACAUUUCCAUUGCAGUAUUUUUAGUUCCCUAUUAUGUUCCCACUGGUGCUCCUCUGUAGCUUUGUUGUACCCUCAUUGCUGUGAUACUGAAAAAUCCUGGGCCCUUGCAGGUUGUAAUGUUACUGUCUUAACAUUAUUUUUUAAAGCCUAAUAUUUUAUGAAGGUGAUAAAGAUGAACUUGAGAGUUCAGCAGCAGGUGAACAAAGGCUUGUGAUAGGAGCAAUUGGUUCAGAGGAUCUGAAUGGGGAAGUUAUCUCAACAUCCCAUAACAGCUAUUUAUUGUUUUUUAGUUUUUUGUGACUGUAAUCAUUCAGUGAUUUAUAGUUUUUGGCAGAAAGUCACCAUAGUUGAGGAAAUAAAAGUUAAGGAAAAGCCUUUCUAUGCUGUUUUGAUUUCACUACGUGCUUGGUAAGAUCCUAAGAUGAGUGAAACACUAGGAUAAAUUUAGUGCGUAAUUUGAUCUUCUGCAAAACAGCUUGGCCUUUUCUAGGAGCUGCUUCCCUGGCUACCUUAAGUACACUGUCCAGUGAAGUCUAUCCUCAAUGUCACAUCUAUUUCUGUGUUAUGUGCAGUGAAUACCAACUGUGUCUUACUGCUGGGUUUGGGAUUUGUUCUUCUGCUAAGAUUAAACAGAUUUUUGGUACUUUGUUCCCUUAAAUCCAUAGAGUGUCAAUGCAUUAUGUUUGUUGCUUUUGUUCAGCUUCCUAGACUAGACGGGUACUGCAGGUGAAGACUACACGAGAUAUUAAUAUGUAAAGGACAGCAAAACAUAGAAACUAUUAUCUGUGUAGUCCAUUCUGACACAGAUUAAUGAUAUGCCUGCUGCCAGUAAAGCCGCAUGCUCCACUGAGGCAUCUCAAGUGUACUUUUCUCCUUCGCAGAAAAGCUUUUAUGUGCCUCGAUUCAGCUUCAUUGCAUACCUUCUGCAGAGAAGUGGCUUACGCUAUAAUUGCCUGCUGGUAGCCUUGCACAGUGUCUGGGAUUCACUAACUGUACAACAGGUUAAUUUGAAGCAAUAAAUUAUUAUAAAUAUUUGGGAAACCUGCAUAUUCUUUACCCCCUUAAAAUAAAAUUUUAUAUUGUACUUCCUUUUCA